AUGCGCCCGGGGCGCGGCGGGAGCCAGAGGUGGCGGCCGCGUCGGAGCCGGGAGUGGGGCCCGGGGCUGCGGGCGCCGCCGGUCACCCCGCGUGCCGCCCGAGCCCUCUCUCCGACGGGCAGCCGCCGCAACUCGCGCGGCCUCGCUGUCCGGCCCGCCUCCCGGGCGCGAGGGCGAGCUGGCCGCCUUCUUCCAGGGCAAGAGGUGGAGGAGCGGCGCCCACAGGGUCUCCGCGUCGGUGCGUCCAGGGCGCGCCGGGCAGAACUCAGCGCCUGGCUCGAGCUGCCCCCCGUCCGGUGUCGCCGCCGCUGCCCGCUCGCGGAUUCUGCCGGUGAUUGUCAAGUGCUUUGGAAAUCAGCAUCUGGAGAGAGCAAUCUUCUCCCAGGAGAUCUCUAA